UUUGAUUUUUUGAACUUUUUUUUUUGUUCCUGUUUGUUUUUAUUCAUAAUUGAAAGUCACAAAAAUGGAACAGCCGGUCCUCAGAAUAACGUGCGUCCUGCUGGUUGUCUGUCUCCUGGAUACAAGGGUAGACUCCAAUGAGAUCCUGGGCCUGAAGCUCCCCAACAUCGACCCGAUCCUGAACGCCAACACGGUGUGUCUGACGCUGCCGGGUCUGACGCGGCGCCAGCUGGACGUGUGCAUGCGCAACCCGGACGUGACGGCCUCGGCGAUCCAGGGAAUCCAGAUCGCCAUCCACGAGUGCCAGCACCAGUUCCGAGGGCACCGCUGGAACUGCUCCAGUCUGGAAACUCGGAACAAAAUACCCUACGACAGCAUCGUCUUUAAGAGAGGCUUUAGAGAGAGCGCCUUCGCGUACGCCAUCGCAGCAGCAGGCGUGGUGCACGCUGUGGCCAACGCCUGCUCCAUGGGCAAGCUGAAGGCAUGUGGCUGCGACGAGAAGCGCCGCGGGGACGAGGAAGCCUUUCGCAUCAAACUGCACCGCCUGCAGCUGGAGGCCAUCCACCGUGGGAAGGGUAUGGUGCACGGCGUCAUGGAGCACUUCCCCGCCGACCUGCCGGGACCCCAGGACUCCUGGGAGUGGGGCGGCUGCAGCCCCGACGUGGAAUUCGGGGAGAAGUUCUCGCGUGACUUCCUGGAUGCUCGUGAGACCAACAAGGACAUCCAUGCCCGGAUGAGGCUGCACAAUAAUAGAGUUGGGAGACAGGUGGUGCUUGACCACAUGAGAAGGAAAUGCAAGUGCCACGGCACGUCGGGCAGCUGCCAGCUGAAGACCUGCUGGCAAGUCACCCCGGAGUUCCGUGUGGUGGGCUCAAUCCUCAAAGAGCGCUUCCACAUCGCCACACUUAUCAAAGCGCACAACCGGAACACGGGGCACCACCAUCACCACCACCACACACACCGGCGGCGGCCGAGCGUCAGCGAGCUGGUCUACUUCGAGAAGUCGCCGGACUUCUGCGAGCGGGACCUGGGCUCGGACUCGACCGGCACGCAGGGACGGAUCUGCAACAAGACCAGUCCCGGCAUGGACAACUGCGAGAGCCUGUGCUGCGGCAGGGGACACAACAUCCUGCAGCAGACGCGGAGCGAACGCUGCAACUGCAAGUUCCACUGGUGCUGCUACGUGGUCUGCGAAGAGUGCAGGAUAACAGAGUGGGUCAGUGUCUGCAAAUGA